AAAGAUGAGACAAACUCCUUCCUCCAUCUCACCAUCUCCUCCUCUCCUCUCCUCUCCCUCUCCCUCUCCCUCUCCCUCCCUAUUUCUUCCCCCCUUCUUCUCCGAGGAGUUUAUGUAACAGUGUGCGACAAUGGCUGUCCGAUUGAUGAGAUCACCAACGUUGGCGUGGAGGAAGAUGGCUUCUCUGGCCGCCUUUGGUCGUAGCCUCUGCCCUACAUCGCCUCGGUUCCCGGCGCCGGCUUGCGGCAACCACGGAAGUCUCCUUCGCCCGGUACGGCACCUUGGGUCGGGAGAAGCCGCUGGUGAACGCGUAUUGCAGGUGGACAAUCGCUGCAGUGAUCAGGUGCUGGAUUUUCCUGGAGGAAAGGUUAUGUUUGUCCCUGAAAUGAGGUUCUUACCAGGGUCUCCAAAUGAACGAAUCAACUGCUACCGUGUUCUUGAUGACAAUGGGCAAACUAUAUCAGGCAGCAGAUUCCAGGAGGUGAGCAAAGAAGUCGCCAUCAAAAUGUACAGUGACAUGGUCACUCUUCAAGUUAUGGAUACUAUCUUCUAUGAAGCUCAGAGACAAGGAAGAAUCUCCUUUUAUCUUACCUCUAAUGGGGAGGAAGCUAUAAAUGUUGCAUCAGCUGCUGCUCUUACCAUGGAUGAUAUCGUCUUUCCUCAGUACAGGGAGCCUGGUGUGCUCUUGUGGCGAGGUUUCACCUUGCAAGAAUUUGCAAACCAAUGCUUUGGCAACAUGUUAGAUUAUGGUAAAGGACGACAGAUGCCAAUCCACUAUGGGUCAAGCCGGCUCAAUUACUUCACGGUCUCAUCGCCUAUAGCUACACAAAUCCCUCAUGCUGUUGGAGCUGCUUAUUCCCUCAAGACGGAUGGGAAGAAUGCAUGCACCAUCACUUAUUUCGGAGACGGUGGCACCAGCGAGGGAGAUUUCCAUGCUGCACUAAACUUUGCCGCGGUCAUGGAGUCACCAGUCAUCUUCUUUUGCCGCAACAAUGGAUGGGCAAUAAGCACACCUACAGAAGAACAAUUUCGAAGUGAUGGUGCUGUUGUCCGAGGUCAGGCUUAUGGAAUACACAGUAUCCGUGUCGAUGGCAAUGAUGCUCUUGCUGUGUACAGUGCAGUGCAUGCUGCCCGCGAGAUGGCCGUCCAUGAUUGCAGGCCUGUUUUGGUUGAGGCACUGACAUAUAGAGUGGGGCAUCACUCUACAUCAGAUGACUCCACCAAGUAUCGGUCGAUCGAUGAGAUCGAGCACUGGAAGACUGCACGAGACCCUGUGUCGAGAUUCAGGAAAUGGGUUGAAGGAAAUGGCUGGUGGAGUGAAGCUGCUGAAGUGGAACACAGAAGCAGUACCAGGAAGGAGCUAUUGCGAGCUAUUCAGGUUGCAGAGAGAGCAGAAAAACCUCCGUUGAGCGAGCUAUUCACAGAUGUGUAUGAUCAAGUUCCUGCGAACCUGCAGGAGCAAGAGAAAUCACUCCGCGAAACCAUCAAGAAACAUCGGAACGACUAUCCAUCUGAUGUGCCGGUCUAGUAGAACAUCCAAAGGCCCAUAUCUGUAGUUCAUUACAACUAUGUUGUUUCUGGGAACCAUCAAUAGAUGUAUUCCAAGAACAAAGGAUAGAAUAAAUGUAAACAAGUUGAAUAGCCAAACAUUCGUUAUAUUGUUUUUUGUUAA